ACAGAAAGAAAGAAUUAGAAAUAAAGAGAGGAGAGAGUGAGAGAAAGCAUCAGAGAGAGAGAGAUAGGGAGACAGCUAGCUGUGGAGCAGGAACUCAGCUGUGUGUACUGAGUGCAGGUGAGGGAGGAGCAGAACAGGUGUGUGUAUAAAGUGUGUGAAUGUGGUUCUGCUCUCAGAACGACUCUCUGACACAUCAUGAUGAGAGCUCUGCUCUGUCUGUGGAUCACUGGAUCUGCUCUCUCACUGCACCGCACAGAGAAAGUGCAUCCUCAGCUGAAAGAAUAUGAAGUCGUCCAUCCAGUACUGCUUCACACACACCAGCGGAGACACACACAGUCCUCACACACAGACACAGUCUCAUACAGACUGGAGCUGAAGCACAAGAACAUUGACCUUCAUUUGAGGAGAACCAGAGAACUGAUCAGCUCAAACUACAUUGAGACUCACUACACACCCAAUGGGACCAGAGUGACUGCUGGCCUUCAGGAUUGGUAUAUAAUACACAGGGAGAUCAUCAGUGCUAUUAUCAUGGCUCAGUUGGAGAUGACCAGCAGUCCAUAG